UUUGGGUGCGUCCUAUUGGGAAAAUCGUCACACAGCCUUCCAUGUCAAUGGUCUGCAUCGUCGACACAGCGGGAAUCAACUGAGGCUUGGGUCUUAAUAAAUGAUCCGGUUCCACAAUUUGGAAACACUUGUCAUCAGUCACACAUGAAAUAAAAUCAUGAAAUCUUUCUUCGUGCCAUUACUCCUCUUCGUUAUCGUUUUUGUGGUAAAUAUUGAAUUAUCUGGAGGCAGGAAGGCAAGACCUCCAAAGAUUUAUUGUUACAAAGUGUACAGACCGCAGAGGAAUUCAUGUAAAUCACGAAUACAAGGCCGCUUCAAGACGAAAAACGAUUGUUGUCAGCAUAACGGAGGUGCUGGUUAUUACUAUGGAAGAGGAAAGGGAGGAAGAAAGCACUGUACGCCAUGCACUUCAGCGGAAAAUUGGAGUGCCUGGGGGGACUGGACAGAGUGUGAUGCAAAAUGUGGCAAAGGAAUCUCUAGGCGUAUAAGAAGAUGUCUAGAUAUCAACAAUGCUGGAUGUCCUGGGAAACAGAGCGAAAAAAAGGAAUGUACAAAUCCCGAUCGUCCUCACUGUCCCAUACACGGCGGUUGGUCAAAAUGGGGAAACUGGAGCGACUGUUCAAAAACCUGUGGUAAAGGUCGCCAGUUGAGAUUUAGAAGUUGCACAAACCCAAAGCCACAACAUGGGGGCAGAGAUUGCAAAGGAGUAAGAGAGGACCAACAGGCAUGCAGGAUGACGAGGUUUUGCCCAAUUGACGGUGGUUGGGGCGAGUGGGGAAAAUGGUCAGCUUGCUCUGCCAAAUGUGAUAUCGGAUGGAGACGACGUGUUAGAUAUUGCGACAAACCAAAACCGCAACAUGGCGGAAAACCAUGUGAACCCAGGGACAACAUAGAAAAGCAAAGUUGUGACACGUACAAAAAAUGUGACGGCUCGGGUUCAGGCUCCGGAGACGGCUCGGGAGCAUCUGGAGACGGUUCAGGAGCAUCUGGGGACGGCUCGGGAGCAUCUGGGGACAUUUCAGGAUCAGGAAGUGGGUCUGGCAGCAAUAUGACUUCGAUAAUACAAAACAAAACAUCAACGAGUGCUCCAACAAGAGAAAAAACAAGAAAUGAUUUUGUUUUUAACGACGAAACACCGACCACAUUAAAUCCCGCAACCAAUAAAAAUACUUGAUUAUGAAACCGUUGAAAUAUAAUUUAGAUUCUCUUCAAUUAUACUAGAGCAAUAUUAAAUAGUAUAACCGGA